AUGAGCCAACGAUCACGGGAAGAAGAACCACAAAAAACCACUGGUUACCGACAUAUGAAUGAUUCUAUCACAAAAAGUAGUCAUUACAAUAAUAUAAGUAACAACACCAACAUUAGCAAUACCACUUCUAAUUAUACCGAUUCAAAAGACUCUGAUGUUUCUACAUUUCAUGGUGCUAGUCCUACUUUUCAACGAAGGUCGUAUUUCCAAGAAACAUCUAAUAAUAAUAGACAUAGCAUAAUAUCGCGGAGCAGUGGUCAUAGCAAUAAUAACCAAUUACAAGUUAACAUAAAUGAAUCUUUAUUGUUAAGAAAUAUAUCGGAAACUUCCUCUGAGUUCUUAUUUUCGAGUUAUUAUAGUGAAACCACUAACAAUGGCAAUAGUAAUGGUAAUAAUGGAAAUAACGGCAGUAGUAGUGGGAAUAACAACAGUAGUGAUGAUGAAUUCGCGAAGCAAUCAAUAACAACACACAAUAGCAGAGAAAAUAAUAAAAUAAGGUCACAACGGCUAUUUGUUGCUAACAACUCUGGGACUAGCAGUAGUGAUGGUAGUACUGGUGGUGUCGAACUUCAUGACUUUAGAUCUGUUUCCACAAAACGUUCUAUACCACAAGUUAAUAGUACUAUGCUACAACAAAAGCAACAAAAUUCUCAUUACCUUGCGCCAAGACUGAGCUGGUCGGGUAUGCUUUCUAGUAACAGUGAAGCAGAUAGCACAAAAACUGUUUCUACAACUGCCUUAUUUGGUGAUAGUAAAGAUUCUAAAGAUAGUAACAAUGAAAAAGAUCACAAAGUUAAUUUUAUUUUUGAUGACUCUAAUAGAAAACACAAACCACCCAGCAACAAUAAUAGGAAUCCUGAGGGCAGUUUCCAGCAUAAAACCAAAAAUAGUGUUUCCACUUAUACUAGCAAUAAUGGUACUACUAGUGAAUCAGAAAGAUACGCUACACCUCUUAAUGAGUUCCAACGGCCUAUAAGGACGUCUGACACUUUAAUACCUGAUAGAAUUAAUUCUACGGCUUUUACCGUUGAACAAGCCAACUUUUUGAAUGAAAAAAUUAAUAGCAUGGAAAAUGAACAAAAACUAUUAUGUUAUAACAGGAACAAUAUUAAUGAUGAUAUACUGGAGGAGGAUUUUGCCAACACAAAUAGUGCUACUAAUACUACUACUGGGAUGGCCUUGGAGGAUAAUCACAGGACAAUCGGUGAAAAUACUUCUUAUUUAUACGCUGACACAUACAUCACAAACGCGAAUUUAUUGGAAGCUCCAUCAAUUAAAAGACAACAAGAUAUACAAGAACAGGGAUCAGAUAUUAACACAACUACCAACAAAGCCUCUACUAAUAUUUUGCCUAAGAUGGCCAAUGCAGUUAGGCUGACUAAAAUUGAGGCUAAUUCCGCAAAAGUUUCCAAAGAAUUCAUAUCUUCCCCCCAAUCCAAAAACAACAUUGACUUACAUAGGCUCUCCCCUCUUGUUAAUGUACAAGAUAUACAUGACGUAAACUUACAUGACAUUAUAUCUACAACAAAUUCUUCUAAAAAUAGUCAUUUUAGUGAUAAAAGUUCCGAGACUCUAAAAAAAGUGCAAGUGUUGGAAAAAACAAGAAAGUCGAAUCCGGCGGCCUCUCGUUCAUUAAUAUCAAAUUAUUUAAUACAUGGUGUAUCUAGCCAUAACAACACUGUUAAUUAUGGUAAAAAUAGCAAACACAAUACUCUACGGGACAACAAAAUUAUCCCCCCACUUUUUGUUACUCCACAGUCACCUUCUACACAAAGACUCUAUUUCCAUCAAGAACCUAAAAGUCCUAGCAUUCCAGUCUUAAGAAAAUUUGAUCUAAAAAAGCCAGAAAUUCAUGAUAUUGAAAACACUUCAAAAAAAAGUUACUUUGGGCCAAUUAAAACAUUACAUGAGGAUAAAGUUUCUGAAAAUAUUAAUGAUAAUAACAAUUUUGAUUGUGGUUCACACAAUAAAAAUUUGUCCAUUGCACAAAAAGAUGCUUUUAGAAGCGAGAAAACACAUUAUACUAACGAACCAUUACCAGAAAAUAAUGUAGCAGAAAACUGUAGUAAAAAUAAAUACUCUCUUAAUGGUUCUACCAACGAAUCACUUCUGGACCUGUUACAAAACGACGACAUUGACCACUUCAACAAAAUUAGCGAAAAAAGAUUCAGUACAAGUACUCAUUUAUCCAAAAGACACAAUGCGUCACAACAAGAGGCAACAUCGUCAAGCUAUAUGACUGCUAAUGAGAAUUACAACAUUUAUGAUAACAGCAAUACUCAAUUAGAUUUGAACAGGAGCGAAACCUUUAAUCAAUAUUAUUUCCUACAACAACGGCAACAAUUGGAAAAUAAUAACGAAGCAAUUGGAGAUAAUCAAACUAUUCUUUCCACAGACGACGAGGAUGACGAAGUUUUAAAUAUACUGGCAAGUUAUAGAUAUCGAACAAUAACCCCAGAGAAUAAGGGAAUUUUACAACAACAAGGAAACUUUUCGGACAACAACGAUAACCAUACAAAUGAUAACAAUAAUUAUUUCCGUACUAGUACACCGGAUCAUUUUAACAACGAGGACGGCAUCUUUGAUCAUGGAUUCGUGAAUCAUGAACAACAUAUAGACUCCAACUCUAUUCACUCGUUAACGGCAGCAAGUUCUUAUUCAAAGUCACCGUUUUUUUACACAUUUAGUAUCCGAAGAAUUUUAACCAUUCUAUUUAUAUCCUUUUGGAUCCCACCUUUUUUUUUUAUGAUUGCGUUUUUAUUAAGUGAUCAAAGAGUUAUGCAGAUGAUUAUGACUGAUAACUUUAGAAAGGGUGUUUUGAAGGGAUAUAUCUGGGAUAUUGAUAUUAAAUGGUUUAGAACUACUUGUUUGUGCAUAGGAUCGGUGGAGGUCUUAGGAAUCUUGGCCUCAAUAGGUGGUGGCAUUGGCGUUGGUAUUCACAAUGCAUUACAUUAG